AUGUCAUUCUUUGAUGAAGAUGUAAAGAAAUCAAUAUGGGAAGGAAAGAUACCUAUAAUGUUUACAUUGUCACCCAAUGACUUGACAUCACAUAUACCACCAUCUUCAUUAAGUUUUGUUAUUGUUAUGAUGAUGAUGAUGAUGAUGUUAACAUUUGCAAAUCAAAAAACAAAAAAGAUGUUUGUUCCAAGAAAUAGUUACUUCCCAUUGAUUACGGGUGUUGUAAAAGAUCAUUUCUCCUAUAGUACACUUGUGAUAUCCGAUAGUGAACUGUGGUUAGAGUACAAAGGCAUACCACUCAAGUGGCACAUUCCAAUCGGUGUACUCUUUGACAUGCUGGUAGCAACACCCGACACAACAGCCUCUCAAAUCUGGAAUAUCACUGUACAUUUCCAAUCAUUUCCAGAAAAAGUAUUACUUAGAUGUUCGAAUGAAGAUGCCAUCAGAACAUAUUAUAAGAAUGUAUUAAAAGAGGCAAAUUAUAUAAAACAAGGUGAUAUUAAUAAAUUGAAUAAUCUGAGUAUUAACCAAACCAAUGAGUUAUGGGAUGGUCUUAAAUUACAUGAUUAUGAAAAGUUUUGGUCGAUAAACAAGAUGUUCUAUCCAGGUAAUGGAUAUAAGCAUAUACCAUAUCGUAUCAUUCAGAAUAAUAAGGCACCUCUACAGGAUUUGAUAUCACCAAUAAAUGAAAAUGGUCAAGAAACAACAUUGGAAUCUUUAUUUUCAAAGAUAGCUUUUAAUAAUAGUAAUAAUAGUAGUAGUAACAAUAAUAAUAAUAAUAAUAAUAGUAAUAAUAAUAGUAAUAAUAAUAAUAAUAUAGAUACAUCAAAUGAAACACAACAAUCGACAACAACACUAUCAUCAUCAUCUACAAACUCAACAACACUUUUACAAGUUUUAAAUUCAGGGUCAAUCAGGUACUCUAUACAAGGAAUAGAACCACCUUUAAACUCCUCUUUGAUAUGGCUUGGUGAUUACUUUAGUCAUCCCGACAACUUUUUAUAUAUUGUAUUGGCAUGA